GGCUAAUAGCAGUGCUCUGCUUCUCUUCCUUCUCCAUCGACCUCUACAUUAGUUGUAAGUCCACGGAGAGAGAGAGAGGCCUCUAGGGAGAAAAAAAAAGGUCCACGCAGAGAGAACAGAGAAAGGAAACAACAGCGACGGACCAAGAAAUGCCGGGGCGACAAGGCAUGGAGCCGGCCUCUGCUGCGGCGCGGGCGCCAAGGCCGCCGAGCUUCGCGUCGCAGACCAAUGCCCUCCUGCGCAAAAACCUCAUCUUCCAGGAAGUCAUGGGUUGAAGUGACCACCUGCUAUUCUAUUUGUUCCCUUUUCAGAAUUACAUUCCCAUCCUAUUUGAAUGAAGGGCCACAUAGACAUAGUUAUUCCACGAUUUUGACACUGGAGUAAGUAUGCCCAUAGUUUCAACUGUUCCAAUUGUCCUUUUGGCAAUCGGGAGGACGGGGAUGAGGCCGAAACAUAUCUGUGGAGAAUGAAAAAAACCAGCCGAUUCCCCUGUCAAUCCAGAGGGCUCUGAUCUAAUUCCUGCCUAACCAAACGUGUCCCAAUACUGAUGGGGACUUAGUUGCAAGUCAAAAUGAAAAGAAUUGAUUGAGAUCGCUGUCCACAAGCCUAAAACACGUACGCCGCCAAGCGAUCCUUCCAGAAACGUAACAGGAAGGGAACCAUUCGGCUAAUCAUAGUUCCCAUAUACCUCUGCCUCAUAAUCAGCGUCCUUCAAAGGGUCAUCAACAGCUUCCUAGACAAGCCAAAGUUCAGGUGUGGUUGCAAGUGCAUCGACGAUGCCAACGGCAGCACAGCCCCCUGCCAGAACGUGUGUGGAAUCCAGUACUCCACGCUGGAUCAGGCGCCUAGUUGCCCCAUUCCAAAUCCUCCGAAAUGGCCUGCCCUCGUGCAAGUACCCCUCCCGGAGUAUCGCGCCGUGCAGGACUCCUCAGGCUUGUUUACAGGCUUCCCUGACGCAUCAUGCAGAAAGACACAAUCUUGCCCUGCCAGUAUACCCUUUGCUGGAGCAAAUACAACUCUAUCUAAUAGUAUCAUGCAGAACCUGCUCACAAGCUCACCACUCUUAAAUCUUUCUGAUUACACGAGCAUAUCAAGUCUUUUGCUUGGUACAGAUGUUCCAGGAUCUUCUACGGGAUUCGUUGAACCUGCUUUUAUCUCGGCUCGACCCAUAUAUGUUCUUCAACCACAGUGCAAGUCCGGUGAUUCAGUUACAAUCCCAAUUACCGUCGGUUCUGUUAAUGCCCAGAAAGAGAUAAAAUGUGUUCAAGGUUUACCCUUGUGGCGGAACAGUUCAAUAACAAUUAAUGAGGAAACAUUUCGGGGCUACCGAAAAGGGAAAACUGCUAAAGGGAUAAAUGAAAUUGCGAUGGGCUAUGAUUUUCAAGACUCAAACGAGAAUCAUUUUAAUGUCCUUACUUUGUAUAACUCAACGUAUGAGAAUGCCUCUUUCAUUCCAAUGCCAUUUGCACUUCUGCGCAUUCCACACUCAUUGAAUGCGGUAUCAAACGCCUAUCUCCAACUAAUACAAGGUUCGGGUGUAAAAAUGUUGCUCGACUUCACAAAAGAAAUGCCUAAGCAAGCCACCCGUCUGACAUUUGAUUUUUCUGCUGUGGCUGGUCCACUGUUUUUCGAAUGGGUGGUUGUCUUGCUUUUUCCGAAAAAAAUUCAGGUUAUGCUGACCUACCUUGUAUAUGAGAAGCAACACAAACUCCGAACAAUGAUGAAAAUGCAUGGACUUGGGGAUGGCCCUUAUUGGAUUAUAUAUUAUAUGUACUUCCUUAUUUUUUCUACAGUGUAUCUGAUUGUAUUUGUCAUUUUCGGAUCCAUCAUAGGUGUGAACUUUUUCAAGAUAAACGACUACAGUAUACAGUUUGUUUUCUUUUUCAGCUUCAUUAAUCUGCAGAUUGUACUGGCCUUCCUAGCCUCAUCAUUCUUUUCGAAAGUUAACACUGCUCAGGCAAUUGCGUACCUGUACAUAUUUGGGUCAGGGUUGAUGGCUGGAUAUCUUAUUCGCAAUUUUAUUGAAGGGGGGAAAUUCCCAAGACACUGGAUCACAGUUCUGGAGAUAAUACCUGCAUUUUCUUUAUAUCGAGGACUAUAUGAGCUUGGCCAGUAUGCUGUUAGAUCUUCAGAAACAGGAAGCCCUGGCAUGCGAUGGAGUGAUUUAAAUGACCACAUGAAUGGCAUGAGAGAUGUGUUAAUCAUAAUUAUUUUGGAAUGGUUGGUUUUGCUUCCUGUCGCAUAUUAUUUCGACUAUGCUUCUUCAGUUGGACACAGAUCUAGUCCCCUUUCUAUAAUCAAACAUCUCUUAAAGAAGGACCCCACCUGGAGAAGGAUAACUGCUAAUGAAAUAGAUGGUAAGGAUGUUCACAUAGAGAUGGAGAAGGUAGACAUUAUCAAAGAAAGAGAGGCUGUUGAUCAAGUGCUACAGCAGCAACAAACUAGUGGCUAUGCUGUAGUCUGUGAUGACCUAAGAAAAGUAUAUCAUGGAAAAGAUGGUAAUCCUGAUAAGUUUGCAGUUCAAGGAGUAUCACUUGCUUUGCCUUAUGGAGAGUGCCUUGGUAUUCUUGGUCCUAAUGGCGCUGGCAAAAGCUCUUUUAUUAGCAUGAUGAUUGGGUUUGUAAAGCCAACAUCAGGGAACGCUUUUGUACGGGGGUUCAGCAUACAAAAUGACAUGGAAAAGAUAUACAGCAGCAUGGGAGUUUGCCCACAGAAUGAUAUGCUUUGGGAGACACUAACUGGUAGGGAACAUCUCCAGUUUUAUGGCCGACUGAAGGGCCUCAGUGGUUCAUCCUUGGAUCUUGUUGUCGAUGAGUCCUUAAGGAGUGUAAAUUUGCUUCAUGGGGGUGCUCCUGAUAAGCAAGUGAAGAAGUACAGUGGUGGCAUGAGGAGGCGCCUUAGUGUCGCCAUCUCGUUGAUCGGAGAUGCUAAAGUUGUGUACAUGGAUGAGCCAAGCACCGGAUUAGACCCAGCUUCGAGGAAGAGUCUCUGGAGCGCUGUGAAGCAAGCAAAGCAGGAUAGAGCAAUCAUUCUCACCACGCAUUCCAUGGAAGAAGCUGAAACUCUUUGUGACAGACUGUGUAUCAUGGUCGAUGGAAAGCUCCAGUGCAUAGGCACUCCCAAAGAGCUCAUAGCUAGAUACGGAGGGUACUACGUGCUGACGAUGACGACACUGCCGGAGUUCGAACAAGAGGUCGAAGAUCUGGUGCGCAGGCUCUCGCCAAGCUCCAGGAAGGUGUACCAUCUGUCGGGGACGCAGAAGCACGAGCUGCCGAAGCAGGAAGCGAGGAUCUCAGACGUGUUCAUGGCCGUAGAGAGCUUCAAGAAGAGGGUGGAAGUCCAGGCCUGGGGCCUCGCGGACACCACCAUGGAGGACGUGUUCGUCAAGGUCGCCAAAGGGGCCCAGUCCAGCGAAGAACUCUCCUAGAGUCGUAGUCUACAUGUAAUGGUGCAAGGGCAAGGGCCUGCUGUUGAUGCUAGGUGUAUAUAUAUGUACAGCACGUAAAAUUUUCUUCCGUUGCAAAGCAAAUGGUUUGGUUUGCUCACCUUUGAUUUUGGAAUUUUGAUAACAAAGAUUAUUUGAUUGAAUUGAUUGUUUUUCGUCC